AUACAUUCCUUCUAAUCUCUUUCCAUUCUCUUAUCUCUAAUAAAUUCCUCUAACCAUUCUCUUGAAAUUUUUUCCCUUUGGACAUCGUCACUCUAUUCAUUUUCCUUAUCAUUCGUGUUUAAUUCAGUUACCUUCACACCUUACCAGCCAUCCCGGAUUCUCCCGCCUCAUUGUCUGUCCUAACCUAUCCUUGAUCCUAUCUCCUAUAUCUUCCAAUAUCAUCGCAAAUCCUUUUCCCCUACCUUUUUUUCUUCCUCUUCCUUUACAUUAAGAAUCAGCUGACGAUAUAUGAAAAUAGAAUUAUCUUGCGUUGACUGGCAUGUGGAAGUAUUUUGUGCGUAUCAAGCAACAUCACAUUGUGCGCCCGUUUUAGAUUUUUUGGUAUCGUAAGCAGUCGCAAACAUUCUUGAACUAGACGAUAUAAAAUAAGAUAAUUGUUGCUUCAUAGUACAUUGAUGAUUAAAAGUAAGGUCAUAAUCGCAUUCGUACAGUGAACAUAGAAAAAGAGACAUUUUUUAAUUUUAAUUCUUCUAUAAAUCGCCAUUCAUUAUAGUGACAUUUCUUUAUAUAUUCUUUUACAUUAGCCAUAUAGGAUAGACAACUAAUCUUUCUAAUUUAACAGCUACCCAGCGCCAUGUAAUUAUCGAUAAUUCAUAUGCGUUUCCGCAGAAUUUCUAGGGCAAGCUCUAGUAAUUACAAGGAACGGAACUUGUUUCCGCUUUAAAUGGACUACCACGUGACAAUGAAUAAUAUAUAGAUAAAAGAGUGAAAUAAUGAGAGGCUAAAUUGUCCCAAGUGUAUUAAUAAUUUUCAAGUAUUGAGAAAAAAUAUCGACUCGUUAAGAAAUGCUUUGCACGGUCUUUUGGACAACAAGCAGUGUGUGCCUCAAUAGCAAUGUGAAACAGAGAACAAUUUCUACAUAUUAUAAAGAACAAUACCGGAAUAAUGGACUUUCAAAACACAAAUCCCUUUAACGUUCGGUUAAACUUGCUUUCGGGCAAUCUGUUACCAAUGACCGACAAGUCAGACAAAUCCUCAUUUUCACUAUUCUGGAAAGUACAUUGCAUUUUCGUAUGGUUACUGAAAUUAGUUUAUAUGAUCUCAAUAAUUCUUGCUUACUCUUCAGUACCAAACGACACAGGAUUAAGCGAUGGCUUUGAUGGAUUAUUCUUUAUAGAAGAAGUUGGUUUUGCAAUCGAUUACUUACGAAUUCUUUCGCAAAAAAAACUGGUACAACAACUGAUACGAAAACUGAACGAGGCUCUAAGGAUUGAGGAUGAGAACAUGCGACGUAUCGUAAUAACGAGCCUAAAACAGAUUAAAAAUCCAUUCAAAUACUAUUUAGUGACUGGCGCAUGUUCUAUUAUCUUCUGGUGUUGCAUGACGCUCCCGUUAAUUUUUGAAAGAAACAAUUUCUACCACGCAGAUUACGUUACACCAGCUGUUUUUACCAAAGAACCAUUUUCUGUUGGCGUUUUCUUGCUAGGCAAUAUGAUGAUAUUGGUCUGCAACACAUACUUUUUUUUAAAGGUUAUCAGCGUGGACAUAUAUACAGCACAUUUGAUAUCAUUAAUAACGGCGCAAUAUCAAUAUAUUUCUUCGAGACUUGUAUUGAUAUUUCGAAAUAAUAAACAUCCGAAUAAUAGCAGUUUUCGAAAAGGUAAUUCUAAAGUGGAUUUCUUCACAGCAAAAGAAAUAAAUAAUUUAUGUCGUCAACAUGUCAAUGUUAUGUACAUAACGUUAAUGUUGAAGAAACUGAUCUCAGUAAAUAUCUUUUUUAUAUAUUUAAUUAACGUUUUCCGAUUCUGUUUUAUGGGUCUCAUUGCGACCAAAGUAGCAGAGACUUACAUAGAAAUGUGUUUUGCGAUUUUGUACGUAUCUGGUUCAUUAACACAAUUCUACGUAUUGUGUGCUUGUUUCCAAAGAUUAUCGGAUGCAAGUUCAGAAAUAACGAACAAAGCCUUUCACGAAGAUUGGAAUCAAUUCAAUUUAUCCAUAAAACGUACAUUUUUAUUGAUGACAAUGGCUAGUUACAACAUAGAGAUUAAAUUUUCAUUAUUCCAUAAAUUCAACUUGUCUUUACCUUCAUUCAUGUCGGUUUUAAACCAGGCAUAUACUGUCGCUCUUCUGAUAUUGAGAAUCAGUUAAAGAAUGACGAAUGUAUAUAUUUAAUUGUUAAUAUAUUGUAACUGUCAACAUAUGGUAAUGUAAGUUUAAUGUUAUCAAUACGAAAAAUUCUUUCACUUUUAAAAGAAGUAGCAAAGAAAGAAUGUAAAUUAGGAUGUAAGAUAGAAGAGGAUUAAGUAUAAAUAUAGGUAUAUAUAUACAAUAGGUAUUGUAAAAGUAAACGUAAACGAAAUAGAAAAUGUAAAGAUAUGAUUGAAUGUAUAAGUACUAAUUGUUAAAAUUCAAGAAUAUUUUAAAUCGGUCUAACAAUUAAAGUAUGAUUUUUUGAAAAAA